AUGGGAGCGUAUUGCAACGAAGACCUAUCUCUGCCGGUUUACGCCGCCGGUGCUCCGACGAACGAGCUCCGUUUCAGCAAACAUGUCUACGACAACGUUCAUGCAAACAUCUAUCUCGAUCCUCUUUGUUUGAAGUUCAUUGACACUGAGCAGUUUCAGAGGCUUCGUGAACUAAAGCAGCUUGGAGUGACAAACAUGGUAUAUCCAGGAGCCGUGCAUUCUAGAUUUGAGCACUCUCUAGGCGUGUAUUGGCUUGCAGGCGAAACUGUUCAGAGGCUAAAAACUUUCCAGGGAGCGGAGCUUGAUAUUGAUAGUUUUGAUCUUCAGACUGUGCGACUUGCUGGACUUCUCCAUGAUAUUGGCCAUGGACCUUUCAGUCAUAUGUUUGAGCGUGAGUUCCUCCCGAAGGUCAUAAGUGGCUGUGACUGGUCUCAUGAGUCGAUGUCUGUAAAGAUGAUUGACCAUAUCGUUGAGACACAUCAUAUCGAUGUUAAUCCUGAAAUGCUGAAAAGAGCGAAGGAUAUGAUACUAGCUAGUACUGAAUCUUCACAGCUGAAAAGCAACGUAGAGAAACGUUUCCUGUAUGACAUUGUUGCUAAUGGUCGAAACGGGAUUGAUGUGGACAAGUUUGACUACCUUGUCCGUGAUUCUCGAGCGUGUGGACUGGGAUGCAAUUUUCAGUUCCAAAGGCUGACAGAGACGAUGAGAGUCAUGGAUAACGAAAUCUGCUACCGCGCUAAAGAGUAUCGUAAUGUCCACAAGCUAUUCGCAACUCGAGCUGAUCUCCAUCGAACAGUCUACACGCAUCCGAAAGUAAAGGCAAUAGAGCUUAUGAUAGUAGAUGCAAUGGUCAAAGCCAAUGAUUUCUUGGGGAUUUCUUCUUUCAUUGAUGACCCAUCUCAAUACUGGAAGUUAGAUGACUCAAUCCUCAAAGCUAUUGAAAUAGCCCCAGAUGCAGAACUUGCAGAAGCUAGAGAGAUAAUACUUCGCAUUCGCAGGAGACAAUUGUACCAGUUCUGUAACGAGUAUGCGGUUCCAAAGGACAAAAUCGAUCAUUUCAAAGCCGUCACUGCACAAGAUAUCAUCUGUUCCCAGAAGCACACAAGCUUAACAUUGAAAGAAGAAGAUAUCGCUGUUACAAACGUGAAGAUUGAUUUAGCUCGUGGAAGAGAAAACCCUCUAGAAUGGUAA